AUGCCGAUGGCGGUAGCACCAGUUUCUGCUCCGGCGGAGCUGGAGGCCCCGACCUCUAAGCGAGCAGAUGCCGAUCUCAGUGUGGCGGCCCUCCCGGAUAAACUACCUUCCACGCUGGACACGGAGGCCCUCAACACCGCAUCAAAAGUCUUGCAUGUCAUUGACAGGUAUCGCCUGAGGAAAGCCCCUGGAGCGCCGGUUCGCGCCGACGAGGGGGCGCUCAAGUUCCUUGCUGUCAUCUAUAGCCAUGUACGAGCCAGCGAGCCGGUUCCCAUGUGUCUUCCCGCCUUUCCCUUCAAGUCCCCGAAUUCGACCUCCAAGGUGCUCGGGAAAUUGCCUGAUCGCGCUGAAGAACUGGCCUUGGCUCACCUGAAUGGACUGUGCUUGGCCAUUGGCGAUAUAUAUCCGCCUGGCGCAAGACUUACAAUCAUCUCCGACGGCCUUGUGUACAACGACCUUCUCGGUGUUCCUGAUAGAGAUGUAUGGGCGUACGGAGAGGCACUCAGGACCCUGGCCCUCGAGAGGGGCUUCACAAACAUCCAGUUCUCCCGACUUCGCGAUCUUGUGUCCAUCCCUCUCCCCGAGCAGCUCGACGAAAUGACAUACGUCGCCAACGCAUCCAAUUUCCGCAGAGCGCUCCUCAACACUUUCAGCCGACCGGACUGGGACUGGAAGGUCGUCAGCCAGAGCGAAGAUGUUUGCCUAACGUAUCGAGGCUACAUCAAAUUCCUCGAAACAGACCUACAGGAUGUCUAUCCUCUCCGGGAUGAUCGCACCAAGAGCAAGUACAAGCGGGGGAUUGAGUACAUUGCCAAAGAGAUGAUGUGUCGAGGAGAUGCGUUUGCGAGUGCCGUGCGCCAGAAGUAUCGGGAUCACGUACGCCUGUCGAUUCACCCUUCCACCGGCGCAGCCAAGCUUUCCAUCAGUCUCCUUCCCACGACGACCAUGUUUACGACUCCGUGGCACUGCACCGUUGCUGUCAAGGCCGAUGGGUCAAUUGUCUCCGGCAUGCGAUCAGAGUUUGCGAAUAACGAGGACAUGGAGCUUGUCCAUGAGAAUGGACGACCUUCCUACUUCCGUGAAAGAUCAGAACUCUUUCAAUGGGGAGAAGACAAGGGCGGGAUCACCUGCGAGCCAAUCUACCCGAGCGGGUGGCUUAUAAAACCUGCCAAGGGCCCGGGCGCCAUGAAAAUCGGCGAUAUCGACGCGGGCAAAGUGCGAGCACUAUCCGAGAUCAAUUCGCCUGUCGUCAUGAGAGGUUUCUUCGACAAACCCAACGAGGAUGUUUUCAUUGAAAAGUCGCGGGAUUUCGGAGAGCCACUUCCGUGGAAGUUCGGUCUGCUGCUAAAGGUCAAGGACCAUGGCGCCGACACUCGGGGCCUUAACAACGUCUUGUCGGCUGAGUGGAUGCCUUUCCAUUACGACGGCCUGUUCAAGACGAUGAAGAAGACUAAGGACGAUGGGAAGGAGUCCCUUGUUUCUGUUCCCCCUCGAUUCCAGUUCUUCGCCGGCGCCACAGCAUCUCCACGAACCACCGGCUUCACAUUAUUCUCAUCUUCCACACAGGUUUUUAAGCAUCUCCCGGAAGGCUAUACUGUCGAGAGCCUGAAGGGCAAGACCUGGUCGGUCUCGACAUCCUCGUUCGACCAGACCGUAUUGAAGGGCCUUCCCCUCAUCGAGUCACAUCCGACUACCGGAAAGCCUUGUUUGCGAUAUCACGAACCGUGGCCGCAGAGCAAGACCAAGUUCGAUGCCACGACCGUAACGAUUGAAGGGUGCAAUGAGGCCGAGAGUGCCGCCAUCUGCGAAGCCAUCGACUCGGCGCUGCAUGACCGACGGGUUGCCUACUACCACAUUUGGGAAAAGGGCGAUCUCGUUGUCAGUGACAAUAUUCUCAUGAUGCAUACUCGGAGCGACUUCAACGCUGGCAGCGACCGAGAGCUGUGGCGUAUUCACUUUGACUGA